AUGAGAUUUGGGAAGAAAGGAAAGCUUAGUCCAAAAUACAUUGGACCAUAUGAAAUACUGCAAAGAGUAGGCAAAGUAGCUUAUAGGUUGGCCUUACCUAUGGAGCUUAGUAGGGUAAAUGACGUAUUUAGUGUGUCUCAAUUGAGAAGAUACAUACCUAAUAAGUCCCAUGUGUUACAACCCGAAACCAUUGAGUUAGACCAAAAUUUGACCUAUGAAGAGAGACCUGUCAAGAUCCUUGACAGUAAAGUGCGUAGUACACGCAAUAAGAAUGUUAAGAUUGUGAAAGUACUUUGGUCUUACCAGGAAUAUGAGGAAGCCAUUUGGGAGGCAAAAGACGAAAUGAAAAAGAAAUAA